AUGAAGUAUACAACUCCAUCGAUUUCGCCGUCGAAGUUUUGCUGCUGCAUCGUUUCAACACAGCUGGCGAGAGCCGACUACCAGGCGAACAUGACUUCAAAUGGGACCUAG